GAAGUUUGGGUGGUCUUGUAAUUUUAGGUAGUUUUGAGUAAAUUUCCUUCAUUUGUUUUUGUUUACAUUCCGCGUGUGCCGGUAAAUUAUUCUUCAUCACGUUUUCAACAGAUUGAAACAAAUAAAUAAAUAAAAACAAUAUGAAUAAGCCGAUUACAACGCUAGUUAGGCCAACAUUUGAGAUUGAUUUAAGUGAGAAAAUCAUCAGUUUUGAUUCUUCUUCAUCAAAUAUUCACGGAGCAAACAUAAUUUUGGUAGCUCUUUAUCGAAAAGUGCUAGUACUUGCAUUGGAUAAUAGUGGCGAAGAUGAUUACAGCAUCGACUACAAAAAGAUUCAAGAAAUUCCAUUAUCGGAAGUUCGAAUCCUGAAACUCUGCUCAUCGAUUAUAGUUAAAGAUAUAAUUUUUGCUGCAGCUAUCAACUACGAGAUUCAAAUCUUUUCAACAAAUGAAGAGAAUGCAACUUGCUUAAAAUCAAUUGAAGCUCAUGAUGGUUACAUAAACUCAAUCGACUUCACAGAGGAUUUUCUUGCUACUGGAAGCGAUGAUCACACUUGUAAAGUUUUCUCCGUUCAAGAAAAUUAUGAUCAGCAUUGUGUUCUGAAUUUCUCGGCUGCUGUUACGAGUGUAAAAUUCAAUCCUGAAGAACUCAACAAGUUGAUCAUUGGCGUGAAGAAUGGAAAUGUUUUCAUUUUUUGUUUGAAACUUCGUCAAUCGCUUUACAGUUUCGAAACUCAUGCGCCACUCAUGUGUCUUGAUUGGUCGAUUAAAAACCCUUGUUUCGUUGCUGUUUUAGCUGUUGAUCAGAUUUUUUAUUAUGACGUUACUAAACCUGAUGUUCCAAUCUACAGUAAAAGAUUGACUGACAUUGGAAAAGUCUUCAAAUUGCACCCUCAAAAUCCAUUAGUUUCAGCAAUUCUUUGUAAUCGAGCGGGAACUGAACUAAAAGUUGUUCACCAAAAGAGUACAAUUCCAAUAUUUUCAUCAAAGAUUUGCGCUUAUACUGGCAACGUUGCUUGGAAUGGAUCUUAUCUCAUCACUGGAUCUGACAGAAAAAUGUGUUUCUAUAAAAUUCCCAUUUCAUAAUUAAAUCUUCGUUGAUGCUGAAAAAUAAAUUUAGAGAAA